AUGGCUCCUCUAGUCUUGACAAAGAAAAGAAAACUAGAAAUGAUGAAUGAUAAUAUCAGAACAACGUUGGAUGCUGUAACUUUAUUUUACGUCUACUUUUAUUCAUAUGUUCUGCGUUAUCAAAGUUGCGUGUUAAGAUCAAAUGAUCGUUUUGAAAUGACUACUGUACGACUGUGGGUGAUGCAAGAUUUAGUUUACAAAAGCGACACAAAUUGUAAAUCGCAACUUCGCCUCGAUAGACGUACUUUUCGAAUACUUUGCCAUAAGCUGUCCACAAUAAGCGGACUAGAAGAUAAUAGGAAUUCUGAUGUUGAAGAAAUGGUUGCGGUAUUUUUGUAUGUAAUUGCACAUCACCAUAAGAAUAGAGUUGUAGGGUUUAUGUUCAAGCGAUCUGGAGAAACCAUUAGCAGAUAUGUAAACACGGUAUUGAAAGGAGUUAUAGACUUCAAGGGGAGUUGCUUAAACAACCAGUUGCAGUGGCUACAAGUUUUGUUGAUGAGAGAUGGAAUUGCUUCAAGUAUCCAUGUGGCAACCGAAGACAAGCCUAGGUAUCGUACAAGGAAGAGCUCGAUUGCAACUAAUGUAUUAUGUGUAUGCUCCCAUAACUUGGAGGUUAUAUAUGUGUAUCCUGGAUGGGAAGAUUCAGCUGCCGAUUCUCGUGUUCUUAGAGAAGCAAUAUACAAAAAGAAUGGCUUAGAAGUUCCACAAGGUUACUAUUACCUUGUCGAUGUCGGUUAUCCGAAUAGUGGAGGAUUUUUUGCGCCUUUUAGAGGUCAACGUUAUCAUUUAAAGGAAUGGGGGCAAGGUCGUUUAGAACCAAGGACAGCUGAAGAACUAUUCAAUAUGAAACAUUGUAGGGCUAGGAAUGUGAUUGAACGCGUUUUUGGAUUGUUGAAAAUGAGAUGGGCAAUACUUCGGAGUCCUUCAUGGUAUCCAGUAAACAUACAUUGUCGUUUUAUCAUGGCUUGUUAUUUAAUCCAUAACCUUAUUAGGAGAGAAAUGCCUAUGGAUGAAUUUCUAGAGGAAGACAAUUAUGAAGAUGGACCAGUUAAUUUAGUUUCUCCUCAAGAAAGUCGAAUGAUAGAAUUUGUUGAUUCCUCAGAUUAUUGGGUUGUUCAGAGGAAAGAGUUAGCUGAUCAAAUGUGGGAAAGAUGGACUGCACGUAGACGUAGACGUAGACCUGAAGAUAACGUAUUGGUUGAUAUAUUGACGGAACUUACGCUCGAUGGCAAGUGGAAAAGUGAUACCGGAUUUAAAUCGGGCAACUUGAAAGUUAUUGAGCAGAAACUAACUGAGAAACUACCAACUUGUGGGUUAACUACUACCAACAUCGAUUCUAGAAUCAAGACUUUGAAGAAACAUGCGAUGGCCAUCAAUGAAAUGGUAACUAUUGGCAGUGGGUUUGAAUUUGAUUAUAUCAACAACAAGCUUGUGUGCGAAAAAAGUUUAUUUGAUGACUGGGCUAAGUCUCAUACAAAUGCAAAGGGACUGUAUGGGAAAGCAUUCCCUCAUUUAGAUGCAUUAGUUGAGAUAUUUGCUGAAGAUAGGGCAAAUGGUAAAGGGGCUGCUUCACUUGCUGAAGAUCUAGAAGAGAUCGAGAAAGAAGGCGAACAAGAAAAGGAAGAAGAAAAUGAUCAACAACAAAGUAAUCAGUCCGAGUCAAACAGUGGUAAAGGUAGAAGGAAAAGGGUACGUUCAUCAUCCUUUGACAUUGUAUCCGGUGAAUCAAGUGGAGAUUCAAAUGGCUUUAGUUUGAUGGCUAAUUCGUUUAGCAAAUCUGUGACGGGUACACUUGAUCACUUUGAAGCGGUUCGUGUGUCCCUUACUCAAGAAGCCGAUGUCAAUAAACGCUUGUUGAGGAGUUGA